AGAUGCGUGUCAUUGCAUAGUUGUUUAUAAUAUAAGUAGCUUGGGUUUCAGAAAUGAAAAUUACUACAACAAGAAAUAAAAAUGAGUGAAAAACUAAAAGAAUUACGUGAAAGAUCACAAAAACGUAAGAAAUUGCUGGCACAAACUCUUGGUGUGUCAAGUGUGAGUGAGUUGAGGCAGGCUUUAGGAGCUACCUUAGAUGUUCCGGCAAAGAAACAAGCGGUUGCUGGUGCUGGAAAUGAAGGUGACAAACCGACAGCCAAAGACCAACCUGAUGAACUGGUGUACACAGAUUCAUCCACUUUCUUGAAGGGCACACAAUCAUCAAACCCCCACAAUGACUACUGCCAGCACUUCGUAGACACCGGCCAGAGACCACAGAACUUCAUCAGAGAUGUGGGGCUUGCGGACCGGUUUGAAGAGUACCCUAAACUCCGGGAACUAAUCAAGUUGAAGGAUGACCUGAUAGCACAGACUGCCACUCCUCCUAUGUAUUUGAAGUGUGACUUAAAGACAUUUGACCUAAAGCAGAUGGGUAACAAAUUCGAUGUGAUCUUAGUGGAACCCCCCCUUGGCUCAGGCUGGCGUUGGCAGGAUGUCCUGGCUCUGGACUUACAGCAGAUUGCUCAAGCGCGCUCCUUUAUAUUCCUCUGGUGUGGAAGCUCGGAAGGCCUAGACAUGGGAAGAGAAUGCCUCAAGAAAUGGGGCUUCCGCCGCUGUGAGGAUAUUUGUUGGAUAAAAACCAACAUCAAGAACCCUGGACAUUCCAAGAACCUUGAGCACAAUGCUGUAUUUCAGAGGACAAAGGAGCAUUGUCUGAUGGGAAUUAAGGGCACAGUCCGGAGGUCUGUGGAUGGUGACUUCAUACAUGCCAAUGUCGACAUAGAUCUGAUCAUAUCUGAGGAUCCGGAGUUUGGAAGCAGUGAGAAGCCUAUCGAGAUAUUCCAUAUUAUGGAGCACUUUUGUUUAGGAAGGAGAAGAAUCCAUCUAUUCGGGCGCGACUCCACAAUCAGACCGGGCUGGGUCACUAUAGGCCAUGAGCUGACUAACUCUAACUUCAACGCGGAACUCUACGCUUCUUACUUUACGGAGGGCCGGGAGAGCACUGGUUGCACGGAGAGGAUUGAAGCACUCCGCCCUAAGAGCCCUCCCAACACUAGUAAGGGGGCGCGGCCUAGAGGACGAGGGGGAUUUAGGGGGAGAGGUAGAGGAAGGGGGGCGCUAUAGUGCUCGCUUGGCAGGGGGUAAAAGUGGUAGUAUCAUUUUGAAGCAAGCCGGAAAUGUCUUGAUGAUGGUCAGUCAUCAGAUGAAGGUCAAGGGUGAUGGGACUUGGCAAAAGAAUGUUUGGAUCCUUUUUGUGCGAUCUGCUCAUGCAGCUGAAAUAAUCGCAGCGUGAGAAAAGAUUUGUUGCUCUUUCUAAAGAAGAAAGGAUUUCGAAGGAUGUGUUAAUGUACUACAUUUUUAUCUUCAAAAGAAAUAGAAUUAUUUUAUUUUUAUACUAGAUUAUGAAUAAGAGUUGUAUAGUGAUGAAUUUGUAUCGAAACAAAAUUGUUGGUUUGUCAAUAUCAUGAACAUUACUUGU